ACUGCUCCACAAUCGCCCAUUAUGACGGCGAAAAAGGAUGCAAGCCCUGUCACGGCUUCUACCAAGAAGCCCGUCAUGGCGCCAGUUCUCUCCAAGGCUGAAAAGGAGGCCGAUCUUGUCAUGGGGACCAACAAUAGCAGUAUCGUGUCGAAGCGCAGCGUCGAAAUGCUCUACUACCCUAAACCGCAUUACUUCCGGUACUUCGUGAAGAAGCCCCAGCGUCGCUCGCCGUUGAUCAACCGUGGCUACUGGCUCCGUAUGCAUGCGAUGGCAGAAACGGUGCGCAAAUUCAUGGCAGAACCGUCAGGAAAGCCGAAAUUCGUCCUGAACCUGGGAUGUGGAUUUGAUCCUCUACCGUUCAUUCUCCUCAAUACCGAGAAAUCCCUUUGUAAAGAUACGCGAUUCGUGGACAUCGACUAUGAGAAGCUCAUGAUCAAUAAGAAAACGGCCAUUAGGAGGACCGAGGAGAUCACGCGACUUCUCGAGAAUGUAGAGUUCCUAUCCGAUGAAAGUGCGAUUCAGAUCCAGAGCGAGCGGUAUAUUGCCAUCGGCUGUGAUUUGAAGAAUCUGAAGAAGCUAGACGACGUCCUCCGAAAUGAGAUCCUUCCGGCCGAUUGCUCGGUUCUUUUCCUCGCGGAGGUGUCCCUGACGUACAUGGAUGUCAAGUCUGCCAAUGAAGUUCUGAAAUGGGCUGCGCAGUUGAACAAUGUUUUGAAAGAUGCCCGAUUCUGCAUCUUGGAACAGUUCUUCCCCGACGGACCCGACCAUCCUUUCGCGUCGACGAUGAUGAAACACUUCAAAAAGCUCGGCGCACCUCUAUACUCGAUCCACGAAUAUCCGUCGUUGGAUGAACAGGAACAGCGGUUCAAGAAUGCCGGGUGGCAGCAUGCACACGCAAGGAGCCUCUGGGAUAUAUGGUCGGAUGACGAUUUUGUGAGCCAGCCGCUGCGCUGUUCCUUGGACGAGGUCGAACCGUUCGAUGAAUGGGAGGAGUUCGCUCUCUUCUCAUCACAUUAUUUCCUCUUGAUCGCUUCCACCAAGGAUGGACUUUUGGAAUCGACUACCCAACAGGCCGAGGCCUCUGCGACAUCGGCCGAUGUAUCGAGCGAAUUUGAGCUGGCGUAUACUGCAGGGGUCGGUCAAAGAAGGUUUGGGGCGCUUAUUUCAGACAGUCAGAGCUCCAUUGGGUACCACGCUGGGCUGGGACGACAGACGCGAUUGGCAACAACCGAUCUGUACUCCAAUGCCACGGAUACCGAUAAACCUCAUUGGCCAUUCCCUCCGCGUGACGUCUCAGCCCGAAUGUGUCACACAAUCACCCACCUCUCUGGGAGCGAUUGUUUGCUUGUCGGGGGCCGUGCUUCACCAGCCGCAGGGUUCCAAGACUGCUGGGUGAGACAAGGGGAUCAGUGGCGCCCGACCGCCAGUCUCCCAACCGCGAGAUUUAGGCAUAGUGCAACCCGGGUGACGUUCGACGCGGACCAUGUCCUCGUAUACGGUGGGAAGACGAGCGACGGCGCUACGCUGGAUACCUGGUUGGUGUGGCGCGACAACGGAGACGGGUGGCUACCGGUUGAGAUCAGCGGCGCAAACCCCGGCGCUCGAUUCGGUGCUAGUCUGGCAAACAUCGACAACACCUCCGGUGUGCUAUUCGGUGGAAUGGGUGGCGACGGCGUCAUCUAUGAAGACUUUUGGACGUGGACAUUGCACCAGCGCGGGGAGAAGUCUUUUUGUCUAGAGUUCGAGGAUCGAACGCAAGACUUGCGAAAGCUCUCGCACCUUUCCGGAAGUCUCAGCCGCUUUGGUGCGACCGUCAGUCAGACGGCUUGGGGAUUGGUGAUCGCUGGAGGCAUCAUCCCUCGUCAAAUUGUACCUGGCCAGCAGGAGAUUCUACUCCUGAACCUUGCAGAACUAGUCACUCAGCUUCGGAGCAAGUCUCCUUCGUCUGCGGGCCCGAGCAUAUUGUCUACCGUAGGACUGGGUAGGGAAAUCGGAGUACCCAGGCCUUUGUUGGUCGGCCAUGCCUCUUAUGCAGUUGACCGCGAUCAGGUCCUGCUGCUGGGAGGUGGAGCGGUCUGCUUCUCCUUCGGAACGUUCUGGACGGAGGGCACCUGGUUACUGAAGCGCGCGGACUCGAACCUCGCCAACGAUUGGGUCUUGAUCCCCGAAACAGUACCGCCCCUGAAAAUCGAGACCUUGCCAACGAGCUCAUCAAAUGCCAGCAUUGAGACUACAUCUACGAAGGACGUGACUCCUAUUCCCCGAGUGCAGGUUCAAAGCGCUGCGCAAUUCCAGCAAAUCCUAGCCGAUGGAAAGCCCGUCAUCAUCGAGGGAUCGGACAUCGGGCCGUGCACCGAGCUUUGGACCAAGGAAUAUCUGGCGGAUGCUGUGGGCAGAGACCGCAAGAUCGUCGUGCACGAGGCCCAGUCAGAACACAUGAGCUUCCAGACGAAGAACUUCUCGUACACGACGAAAGAGUUCGGCACGUUCCUGGACGAGGUGCAUGCAGGCGGCCGGCAGUACCUGCGCAGUAUUUCGGCGGAGCAGCCGACCAAAGUGCCCGCGAGCCUAGCCGAGGACUUUCCGUCGCUGAAGGAUGACUUCCGCCUGCCGGAGGCCUUGUCUACUGUGACGGAGAACGCACAUAGCUCGCCGCUGCGCAUCUCAGGGCCAGUCACGCUGUGGCUCCAUUACGACGUAAUGGCCAACAUCCUCUGCCAAAUCCGCGGCUCAAAACAGCUCAUCCUCUACCCGCCCCACGACGUGCCGCACCUCCAUGUCCCCGCCGGCGCCUCCAGCUCAACGCUGCAGAUCUUCGGUGCCGACGGCGCCAUCGCCGCGAUCCCGCACACGACCCCCCACGAGGCCCAGCUCCGACCCGGCGACAUCCUCUUCCUCCCUCCGCUGUGGCUGCACACGGCCGCCCCCACGCCCGGUCAGGUCAGCGUCGCCGUCAACGUCUUCUUCCGCAAUUUGAGGAAUGGCUAUGCGGCUGGGCGCGAUGUCUACGGGAACCGCGAUCUGCAGGCCUAUGAGAAGGCUAGGGCCGAUGUGCAGAAGAUCGCCCGCUCGUUUGCCGGGGUUCCGCGUGAUAUGGCGCGGUUUUAUUUGUUGCGGUUGGCGGGGGAGUUGGGGGAGCAUGCUGAGGGUUGUUAGUAUGAAUCAUAGAUGUUGUUUUCUUGCUGAGGGUCUGCGUGGAGCACGGGAUAGGAAUAACCACAGACCAGUAAUCGCGUCCGUGGCUACUGAUUACCAAACGCAGUUGAUUGGCGACACGCCAGAAGAAAAGAGUGCGUAUGCGUGUGUUGAUAUGAAAGAGUGAGAAUUGGAAUGGAGGAUGGAGAAGUAGAGGGAUUUGAGCCACGAUCUACCUCCAACCUCAUACCUAAUGCCAACAUAGAUUGCAUCCUUAGGUACUGUAAU